AUGGAGCGAGCAUUUGAAAACGAUAACGUUUUCAAAAACGUUGUGCAAGAAAUAUGUAGAGAAUGCAUCGCUAGAAAUUUGGAGGUUGAAGAAUCAUUAGUCCAACAAGUAACAAAGUUAUUCGCUUUGGAUAUCGAUAUGGGAAUUUCAUCCGAGGGCGUGGUAAAGAGAGACACAUUGGAAUUAUUUGUAAAUCAUGUGGUUAGUAAAUUAGCUAUUCCAGAUGACGAAUCUCCGCAAAUGUCCACGUUAAAAAUGCAAUUGAAUUGCAAAGAAUUCUGCAAUACCAUAAGUGAGUCAAUAAAAAUGCAUAAUGAAUCAUUAAGUAAUUACUUAUAUCCUUUAACACGCGAAAUUAUAAAUGAGACUUUAAACGUAACAAAUAAUAAUAAAGAAUCUCUUGAACAAUUUCGAAGAAAAUUAGCCGUUCAUAUUUUGCUUGAAUCGCAAAUGGGUCAUCCAUCCCGCAUGGAUGUUUUUAAUGAAGGAUUAACAGCCUUGAGCAGCAUAGCAAGCUUGGCUGAUAUUGCUUCUUUCCUAGAAUCAGACGAAACUCAAAAAAUUCGUUAUAUACAUGAAUUGACCCACUUGGUGUCAGGAAUACGGUUAUUGAACAAGGAAUUUGGCAGAAGUUCUGGUUCGGGAAUCCUCGAUGUGCCUUCUGAGCUGGAUUCAGCGUUCGCAAAAUCUAAGACAUUACUCAAUAAUUCAUUAGGUGAACUUCAAGAUAUAUUGGACUCGCAUACAACGGCUAUUCUUUACUCUACUGAAAUAGAUGAUAGAAGACUAUUAGUAAAUUUUAGAGUGCAACCUAAUUUAUCUCUAACAGAUAUCGAAAACACGCGUGAUCGUCUUAUAUUGCAAAGGCAGUAUGAAAUAUUUCUGAAAAGAUUAAAAUUGCGCCUUGAACAAGUAGUUUCCAACCUGAUGGUUGCCAAAGUUCCAAUAAUGCAUGCAAUGCUAGGUGACAAACCUAUUUAUACACGAAAUGAGUGGUUGCAGAAAAUGCCAAAAGAAAAUAUAGAUUUAACAGAUUUCAAAUGUAUAUUAUUAAACUACGAUGAAGUGUCCCAAAAAGAAGAUUUUUAUUUAAAAUUUAAUGGAUUUUGUAUUUGGUAUCUGGUUCAUUGUCGGGGUGUUUUGAUUCCUGCAAACCCGGAACUGGGUGUGCUGGAACAUCGUUCAGAAUACUACGCUUUUAGUACCCGGCAAGCAAUUGAAGCAUUUGGUAGGACUCCCGACAGGUAUUUGUACAGCGCCUUAGAAGUAAUACGUGGUAAGCCAGAAUUGGUUGGUUUAUUCGAAAUACAAGAGCUUAUAUUGAACAUGAGUGACCAUGCACUGAGAUUAUGUCAAGAACUAGCUCCAAAACCAGAUCACAAAGAACUAAGAGACGUAGAAAUACAAACUGUGACUCAUCUAUACGAAACGAGGAUAGUUAAAAAAUACAAAUGGAAUGUAUGGGAUAUGCGUCGGGAGGCGAUACAGCUGGCCAAUUUAAGCCGAGGAAAAUCGAAAUCUAUGCAAACGUUGAGAACAUAUUCGAAAGUAGGCGUAGCACUGCAAACGACUUUCUUAAAGAAUACUUCCAUGCAGACAACAAGAGAAAACUACACCAAUACACCGACGCCUCUCAAUUAUAAAUCUGGUUUGAGGGCCAAACGAGACCAAUUGAAUCUAAUGGUAGAUUGCACGAGACCAGUACAUGAGGACUACUACACGUGCACCAAGUACAACACGAUUUUAUUUGAUACUCCAUUUCCAGAAGAUAAAGAACCUGAGUGUACAAAUGAUGAUGGUAAUAAAUUUUGCCUCAAAGUAUGUCACGGGAAAAAUAAUCGUUUAACAAAUAGAAGAAAAUCAACCAAUUAA